GACCAGUGAGAAGACAACACGGAGACCGUGGUGAAGAGGCAGUGAGAGGUGUCACUUCAAUAACACAUUUUACUCAAAGGAAGACUGCAGGAGAAAAGAAACAAUGCAAUGGCCUGAGAGAGAGAAGAAGCUCUGGAUAUCUUUCUUUACCUGUGGGAGUUGAGGAGUUUCAAGGGCUUUCACCGUUCCCCGCUGCUCUCCUGUCAUCAUGGUGGACCUGUUCCUGAACCGAGUUCUGGUCGAGAACAACUGGGACCAGGAUGAACUCAACACUGAGCGCGAAAUCAUCGGGAUCCUGGAAAACCGCAUCGUGCUGCUGUUCUUUGCCUCCUCCGAGUGCAAAAGGUGCCAGGGGUUUGUGCCUCUUCUGAAUGACUUUUUCAAGAGGCUGAAGGAUCCGGCCUACAUCGAAUACCCCAAACUGCUUGCGCUCAUCUUCGUCAGCAUGGACAGAUCAGAGGAGCAGCAGGAGAGGCUCCUCAAAGAGAUGCACAAGAAGGUUCUGUUUCUGGCGUUUGAGGACCCGUACAGGAAGGAGCUGCAGGCCAUGUUCAGGGUAAAGGAGGUUCCAACAGCCGUGGUGCUUCGUCCCGACGGCUCCGUCCUCUCCCUGAACGCCGUGCAGGACAUCUGUCGUUUCGGCUCCGACUGCUUCAGUAACUGGCAGGAGUCGGCGGAGCUCGUCGAGAGAAGCUUCAUGCUCAACGAGGAGUUCGACAACCUCAAUCUGCGUAGUGCCACCGAACCUGUGAGGAGACUUAAGUACAAGACAGAGGACGACAAGAGGAAAAAGAAAUGGUGGAAGUUGUGGGGCAAGGACAAGGACACAUAUAAGGAGGAAGAUGAGAAGGAUGAAGCAUGGGGUGACGAGAGAAAGGAGGGAAAUAAAGAACCAUGGAGGAGGGUGAAAGAAAAAGAUAGCAAGAGGAGAAACCUUUUGCGUUGAUUCCCUAUAGUAAUUGUCUGUGCAGAGAACCUCCUGCUGGGUUAUACAAACCAACAUAGGCGUGAAAACACAACCUUUUUGGAGGAGGUAAUAAAACUGGAUCAAACUAUGGAGGUGGGAUAUGCUUGCUCCAAGUUGACUAAAUAAGUACUUCUCUUUUUGCGAUCUCAUUACUUCCAUAAAAUAAGAACUGAUUAUUUUUAUGUAAUUAAACAUUGAUCAGAAUUCUGAGAUAACAAUCGCAUUAAUUUAGCAGAUAUAAAAUUAGAUUUUUUGUCUGAAGUGAGUGCAAGAUGCAGAAAGCAAUCACAUUGACCAACUCAACUGUGCAGCUCUCCACAUUUAUUUUUGCUAUUAUUUUAUUUUAUUGUUUUCCUUUUCAGACCUGGUGACCCAUCUCAUUAAACUCCAUCUCCAGUCAGGCAACUGUUUCGACAACAACACCUUAAGUACAGAUGAUGAUACACCUCUCUGUGCCCCUGCAGCUCUGCUGGAUGUGUAAACUGAGAACUGUUUGCCAACACUUGGUCAUAAUAUGUAACGACUGUGUGUUCCUCUGCUUUUUCUUCUGUUUAAGCAUUUUUAAGACCGCAAGUGGGGAAAAGAACAAAUGUUAUUGCAGCUUGAAACUAAAUAUAGGUGCUGGCGCCUGCUGGUGUUUUAAAACUCACAUUAAUAUUUUAUUAUUAUUUUUACAACUCUUUGUUAAUCAUGGUUUGUCUCCUGGGAUUUUUAUUUUGGUACUAUAGUUAAAUAAGUACAAGUUGUAUUGUUCUCAAAAAAGGGAGAAAAAAAUUCUCUUUGCUGCUAACACAUACUGUGUCUGUAUGUCACUGUCGUGGCUUUAUGGCCAAAUUAUAUAACCAGAUGUUCCCUGUAGUUCUGCUCCUCUAUUACCUACUGAAUAAUAAAGGUCUCACUGUUGCUCAC